AUGAUCAGCAGAAUAUUUUAUUUUUGUCUGGCUUUUGGCAGCGUGUUUUGGGUCGAUGCGUGUUUCCCAACGGUUCCUGUGACUGGUGGGUUUUUUGAAAAUUCGGGAAUAUUUUUUCAGAAUUUUUUCACCGUUUCUAAUGGGGUGAGUUAAUCGAAUUAAUCGACGUGUUUUUUGCGAUUAAUUGACAAAAAGUGAGACUUUUAGGGCGAUUAAUUUCACGUUUUUGUCAAUUCCUCGCUUUCAUUUCUUGGCAAAAAAUGCGAUUAAUUGCAUAAAAAAUAGAAUUUAUUUUACCUAUAUUUUAAAACGUGACCUAUAUGAGUUGGAAUUAUCAACAAAAAUUGUUUUCUCUCAAUUUUCUUUCAUUUCGAAAUGAAUCCAAAAAAUAAGCAGUGAAUUUGGAACACGUUUCAAAAAAGAGGUCAAAUAAAUUCUAUUUCGUAUUGAAAUUCCUCAUUUUUGAAUGCAAUUAAUUGCAAAAAAAGAUGGAAUUAAUCGACAAAAACGUGAAAAAAUCGCACAAAAAAGACUCACGUUUUCUGUCAAUUAAUUUACAAAAAUUAAAAUUGACUCACCCCAUAAAGUUCUUUGAUCAAAAUUUGUAGUCAGAAUUUUUUCUACUGAUUUUCAGCCUAAAUUUGAAAGCUGUAAUUUUUUCAUAGUGACAUUUUCACCUCAUUUUUCAAACCCAAAUUUUGAGCUCUAUCUUGAACCUGCAAUUUUCACAAUAAAAAUUAAACGCUGAAAUAAUGAAGUAUAAUUUUUUUGCGAAAUGCCUAAUCACGAUAUAACAUUCUUUCAUAUUUCGAUUUACUAUUUACAAUAUUUUUGAAACGUAUGAUUUUCAGGGUUGGGAAAUAUGUUAUUUUGAGUUGAAGUGUUGUGCUUUAUUUUGAAUCUGCCAUUUCACAGUACCUACAUUUUAUAGCUAAUGUUUAAUCCAAAAUUCUACACUAUCUAAAACCUGCCAUGUCAAAAAUUCCUCGAAACAUCAAAGUCUAUCUCUUUCAAAAAUCUAGCGGCCAAAAAACUCAAUAAAGAUCUCUCUGAAUCUAAAACACGAAAAUCGGUGUACUUUUCUGUUACAGUAAAAUGUUGGAUUUUCCGCGGAACAAACUCGUUUUUUCUUCUAGAUCUAAACAAGCAUGAAAUCGAACUGGAAAUUUUUUGUUUGAGCGAAAAUAAAAUAGAAAAUAAGAGAAAGAAGAUAGGCGUCGUAGUCGAUUGAUUAAUUAAUUAAUUAAAAAUGUUGUAGUUUCAAAUUGAUUAUUUUCCUAGAAGACGUUUUUUUUUGCAAUUUUGCCGCACGGUUUGUUGAAGGUUCUAGUGAAAUUUCAGAAAAUUGCAUUUGUAGUGAUUCCUAAUUUUCUUAAUUUUUUGAAAAUACUUCUGUAAUCAAAACUCAGUUUUCCAGAGCCCUCCUCAACUGUUGCACCCGAGCCAUCUUGUCCCGAUGGCUGGACACUUUUCGAACGCACCCCAACACCAUGGUGUAUGCGGGUAGCUCUUGGUGCAACCACCCAAUCAACAGCUCUGGCAACCUGCCAAGCCCUUGACUCUUCCGCCGUAGUUUCCGGCUUCCAGAAUCAGAAUGAGAUUACGACGAUGAUGAAUGCUGCGAUAGCCGCAGGCUCCGGGCCAACAAAUUUAAUUAUUGGCGCAAAGCGUACCACAGCUUGCGAGGGACAAGGUCUCACAGCAACCUGUACAGCUACAACCUCUUUCGAAUGGACGGAUGGUAGUACAACUGGAACUGAUGGUUUCCAAUGGCUACCAAAUCAACCAGAUAACUCAAAUGGCGUGCAGAACUUUGCUGUUAUUCUAGUUGCCAGCGGACUUUUGGAUGAUGCAGAUGGCACAGGUACCAGAGGAGGUGUAGUCUGCGGAAUGGACGCAACUUAAUUGUAAAAUGUAUGUAUAAUGAAUAAAUUAUUGUAAUUUACACUGCCUGCCCCACAUACAACAACCCUAAACUAACACACACAAAUCAAAGCAAGUUCCAGAAACUUGCUAGCUGCAAAAAAUGAUCAAAGUGAAUAUAAGUGAUGGGUUUUGCUUUAAAAAUACACAAAGAAAGCGAACAGAUAGGAUGAAACUAGAACAUUUGCUGAUCUUUUCGUUUUCAUUGGUGCUUGUUGAUGGGUGCUUUCCGACAGUGCCAGUGGUUGGUGAGUUGGGGUCCCCAACUUGGGGAGGUUGAGCACCCGUUUAGGUUCUCGGGAUAGAGAAAAUUACCAUUUUUUUUGGAAUUCGAGAUUUCUGGGGAAAUCUAGCUUGAUCAAAGUUACCUUAUUAAGACCAAAUCAGUUGAGUUGAUGUUAAGAUCCUUUUCCAGUUCCGGAAAUCUCCACAACAAGCUCCACGACUACCACAACUACCACAACCACAGAAGCUCCACCAUCUUGCCCCGAUGGCUGGACACUUUUCGAUCGCACUCCGACGCCUUGGUGUAUGCGGGUAGCGCUUGGUGCAACCACCCAAUCAACAGCUCUGGCAACCUGCCAAGCCCUUGACCCUUCGGCCGUGAUCUCCGGCUUCCAGAAUCAGAAUGAGAUUACGACGAUGACGAAUGCUGCGAUAGCCGCAGGCUCCGGACCAACAAAUUUGAUUAUUGGUGCAAAGCGUACUACAGCUUGCGAGGGACAAGUCCUCACAGCAACCUGUACAACUACAACCUCUUUCGAAUGGACCGAUGGUAGUACAACUGGAACUGAUGGUUUCCAAUGGCUUGCAGGACAACCAGAUAACUCAAAUGGCGUGCAAAACUUUGUUGUAAUUCUAGUUGCCAGCGGACUUAUGGAUGAUGCAGAUGGCACAGGUACCAGAGGAGGUGUAGUCUGCGGGAUGAACGCAACUUAG